UAUAUAGUUCAUAGUUGACAUUUCCCGUUCGACGAUGCAUUGUUGUCAUCGAGAAGCUUUAUUUUUAUUUGUUUAUAAAUUAUAAUUCCAUACAUAAUGUGUACAUGUGCACAAUUUAAGUAAUUGAAUAAUAAUAUUAUCCAAACAAUGGAUAACUUAGAUAUAAUAAAAGAAGAGUUUGUUCAUGUUAAUGUUAAAAUUGAACCAUGUGAAGAAAGCUAUUCAGAAUUUGAUAGUGUUGAUGACAAUAUUCCACAAGAUUCAUGUGACUAUGAAACUCCUGAAAUAAAGGUUAAGGUAGAGAUCGUAGAACAAAAUUCUGAGGACCAGCAUGAAAGUAAUCACUUAUUACUAGAAGUUGAUAGAAAACCAGAUUUGCAAGAGCGCUUUCAAGAUAGUAACAUAGUUGGAGACAUAAAGUAUGAUAAAAGAAUUCCGUGCCCAAAAUGCGAUCGUACUUUAAAAAACCGAGGGAAUCUAAAACAGCAUCUGCGGACUGUGCACUUAGAAACUUCAGAAAAUAUAAAAUGUCCAGAUUGUGAGCGAGUUUUUAAGUCAAGAGAGUAUUUGUGGAAUCACCAACAUUCUGUACAUUACAGUAUUGCAGAAAUGCCCUGUCCAGAGUGUAAGAAAACUUUUACUAAUAAAAGACGCUUAGACAAUCAUUUUUACUACACUCAUAAAGAUAAAACUCUGGUAACAUGUCCAACGUGUGGUAAAAACUUUCAAGGGCAGAGAAAACUGAAACUGCACAUGAAACAUGUCCACACCUUUAAUGAAAAUAUAUUAUGCAGUCACUGUCAAAAACGAUUUAAAAGUGAGUUACUGCUUAAAAGACAUAUGGCAUAUCAUCAUUCUGAUGGUCAGGAAUAUAAAUGUGCCUUCUGUGACAAAAUGUUUGACUCAAAUAUUAAGUACAAAAAACAUUUAGAACAAGUUCACCCCGAGCAGCGUAUACAAUGCCGCAUCUGUUCCAAACUUUUAAAAUCAGUGCAGAUUGCAAAAAAACACUUGAGAAUUGUUCAUCAAUUAAAAGAUGGAAUCCUUGAAGAGAAUUUAGUAAAAGUAGCAAAUGAUACUAUAAUAACGAAUUUUAUGAAUGACGUUAAGCCAGUGGAAGUUACUUGUGACUUAUGUUUCAAAGUAUUUUCUAAUCAAAGUGUAUUUUAUCGACAUAUAAGAUCAACUCACCCAUCAAAAGAACAAGAGGUAGCCUGUGAUGUAUGUAAUAAAGUGUUUAAAUCACCUCAUCAUCUAAGAGUUCAUAAGGCAGCUGUACAUUCCAUAAACCAAUUUACAUGUAGUCUUUGCAAUCAAACCUUUUCAUCGAAGAAGUAUUUAACAAGACAUGAGAAAAGGCAUAAUAAGGUUGAACAACAGUUUGAAUGUGAUAUUUGCAAUAAAUUUUAUAAAUGCCGAGAAUAUUUAAAGAGGCAUUUAAGACGUGUGCAUGAUAAUAAUAUUUUAGGUAUUUAAGUAAUUAUUUAAUGCACAUAUAAGUAUAUUUGUACUGUAAGCUGGCUGUUAAUAGUAUGAAUAUUUGAAUAGAUUAAAAAUGUUAGCUGUAUAAGUGACGCCAGAUGUACUGUUUGAGAAAAGUAUCACAAGAAAAAAAACACAACUGUCUUUAAUAAAAUGAAUGCUAUUUCUAGACGGCAAUAUGCAAUUUGACAUAUUUAGCCUUAGCCUUAGUUUUAGAUGCACCAAAAAGCAGAAAUAUCCUAUAACAGCACUCUGUUGUGUUACUAAGCUUCUGUUGAAGUGGUCUAUUAAAUUAAAUUUAAUCAUGAAAUAUUUUUAAUGUAUAUUAUGAACUUUAUAAAUUAAAUGUAAAUAUAAGAUACAAUGAAUUAAAAAAUCUGUUAAACUUCUAUACUAUACUAUUGCACUGAAAAAAGGAUCAAGAGAUUUUACAAUAUAUAGAAUUAGAUAAGGACACACAUUUUAUUUAGUUGUAUAUGUUAUGAAAUAAACAGUAAAUAUUUUCAAAUCUUUUAUUUUAUCAAAAAGUAAUCUAAAAUACUUAAUAGCCUCUUUAUACACACCACUUUCUAGAUCUCGUUAAAAUAAACUGUUAACGUUUGAUUUUGUUAGUAGAAUUUAGUAGGAAAGGUAAGAAUACCAACUAUUGUCACACCCAUUGGGGCACAUAGGAAGAGGGGCCGGGUUAGCUGUGCCUGCUUUAAUUUAUUUUGGGCAUUAUACCAAACUUAAUAUUGGAUAC